AUGUCUCUUUCUGGUAGUAAAUCAUCAACAGAUUCUUUAAUUUUAAAAGCAUUUGAUGAAGAAUUAUUUCAAUCAUUAUCCUAUCCAACAAAAUUUGCAUUUGCUAAUUUGGCUACAAUUAUAUUACAUCAAGAUUUUUAUGAAUAUGGUGACGUCGAGACAAGGAAAUUUAGUGAAAACACAUUAAAAAAAAUUUUUAAAGUAUGUAAUUUACCUAAAUCAACAAAUAUGUCACUUCUUCAACAACUAUAUGGAAAUAAUAUAACAACAGAUCCAACAAUAUUAAUAAUGACAAUAAAAGAAGGUAUUUCAGAUGGUUGUCAUAAUAUUUUAAUGCCAAUUUGUAAAAUUUUAACAUUUCAUUUGGAAGAUGGUAUUUAUGAUAGUAGAUUUAGAGUUUUUUUAAGACAUCUUUGUGCAUUGUUAUCAAUAGAUUGGGAUACUUUAGAAGAUGCGGAGGAGUAUUUAGUUAAAAUGUUAACAAAAGGUGAACACAAAGAAUCUGAUGGAUCACGGAGUACAAAUAUCACAGAACAUAAAAAAGCUCGUUUAAGAGAUCAAAAAAUAAAAAAAAUAAAACGUUACGUGACAAUUGGAGCAGCAGGUGGAAUAGGAGGUUUACUAAUUGGAGUAUCUGGGGGAUUAGCAGCACCAUUUGUAGCAUCAGGAGCUGCUGCUAUAAUUGGUACAACUGCAGCUACAACAGCUUUAGCUACAACAGCAGGUGCUGCAAUAUUAGGAACUGCUUUUGGUGUAGCUGGAGCUGGAUUAACAAGUUAUAAAAUGAAAAAAAGAGUUGGAAAUAUUGAACAAUUUGAAUUUGUUAAAUUUUCAGAAGGUUGUAGUUUACAAACAAUAAUUGUUGUAAGUGGAUGGAUAACAAGAAACAGCGAGAAUUGUGCUUUUACGUAUCCAUGGAGAAAUUUACGUGCAUCUAAAGAACAGUAUGCUUUGGUAUAUGAAAGUAAAUAUCUACUUGAGCUAGGGAAUGCCUUAACAUACUUGUUAUCUGGUGUUGUAGCAACAGCAGUUCAACAAACAUUAAUGGAAACAGCUUUACAUGGUUUAUUGACAGCUAUAGCAUGGCCUGUCGCAUUAAUUUCAAUUGCUAGUAUGAUUGACAAUCCUUGGAAUGUUUGUAUUUCAAGAAGUGUUGAAAUUGGAGAACAAUUAGCAGAGACAUUACUACAAAGACCAAAUGGUCAUAAACCAGUUACAUUAAUUGGUUUUUCUUUAGGAGCUAGAGUAAUAUUUCAUUGUCUAUUAAAAAUGGCAUCAAGACCAGAGUCAAGAGGAAUUAUUGACAAUGUCAUUCUACUUGGAGCACCAGUAUCAGCAUCACCAGCUCAAUGGGAAUUGACUUGUAAAGUUGUUGCUGGAAGAAUUAUUAACGGUUACAGUUCUAAUGAUUGGAUGUUAAAAUUUUUAUACAGAACAAUGAGUAUACAAUUUUCAAUAGCUGGUAUAUCACCAAUAAAAUUUACUAAUUAUAAUAGACAUAAGAUCGCAAAUCAUGAGUUAUCACAUAUUAUAACAGGACAUUUCGACUACGUCUCAAAAUUAGAUGAUAUUCUUGAUGAAUUGGGUAUAAAAAUGGAAACAGUUGAUAAAAGAAUUCCAUAUUCUAAUGAAAGAGAAGAACAAGAAUAUAUUUCAAUAAGAGAUUCAAGUAAUAAUAUCGAAGAAAAUUAA